AUGUCUGCUUCAAUGUCCACUUCAAUGCACUUCGUCUUAAAUCCAUUGCCAUCGAGUGAUGAACAGCUCAACGAAAGACUUCGGGAGACGAGCGAAAAGAGUGGUCGAAAUGGAUGGCAAGCGAACGCGUCAUCAGUUUUCCAGUCCAUCAAAACCCUGGCUGUGAGUCAGUGUUGUGUCGGCGCCUCUCAUAUCGCACUUCUUCUCGAGGACGGUCGCAUCUGUCGGGUCUCCUAUUCAGUACUCACCGAUCGCUUGGACUUAUCGACGAACGACUCCUCGAAGAUUGUUAAUCUUAAGGGAAGUAUUGGGAGUCAUGUGUCGACUCUGGCCUCCAAUCAAAGGUCGAGUCCGGCCGCCAGACGCGGAAGAAUACUGCGGACGUCGAGCAACGGGAGGGGUCGGGGCGGCGCCAGCGUUAUAAUGGGCGGACGUCCUGUAGUUCCCGCGCCGUUUGUUCCCGAAGACCUGGUAUCUCAGGCUCAGGUUGUUUUGCAGGGAAAGUCGCGAAACCUGAUAAUCCGUGAACUCCAACGAACCAAUUUGGACGUCAAUCUCGCCGUCAAUAACCUCUUGAGUCGCGAUGACGAGGACGCGGACGAUAUGGACGACAGUCAGGAGUCGUAUUUGCCGAGCGAUGACCUCAUGUCGCUAUUGGACGCCGGCAUUCACAACGAUCACGCGUCGGUCAUCAUCGACGCCGACGCCGUCUUCCCCGACGAUGUCUUCAGCUACUCGUCCAUAAGAGUGCGCUCGAGUGCCGCCAAUCGACUGUCCGCCAGAACCGCGUCGUCUACUGGUGUGGAGAGAGAGCGCGAGUCGAGUGCUGUCGAGAGGGAUAUGUUGCGGUUCGCAUCGGAGCGCCAGUACCCGACAUCCAGUGCCUCUUCGUCGCGACGAUGGCUUGAAUACGCGUUAAGAGAUUCCGGUUCCGCUUCAGACCCAUCAAAGUGUGCGGUCACUUCAGCGCCUCCCGAAGCCAUUCCCACGACUCGCAAGCGUACGGAUAGCACUCAACUUAACCCGAUUUAUGUGAGCGAACAGCUCGAGUACUGGCCCUCUGGAGACAAACGAUUUACCCAAAUGGCUGCCCUUUAUUCGGAACUGACGGCCAUUACCAGCACUGGACAGCUAUGGCAAUGGAAGUGGAAUGAAAGCGAGCCCUUCAGACCUCAAACAAUCGACGGCAUCGCAUACUUUCACCCAAAAGUGCCGACUCUGUCACUCCUAAACGAAAAGAUAACACACCUGUCGGGCAGUUGUAUUCGGGGAUCGGUAGCCACUGAGAGCUGCAAAGUCGCCACAUUUAUUGACGACAGUGUGGCGCCCAUCGCCUCUAAGUUAGAGCACAGUCUCAUCCCAUUACCCGAAGCCCUGAACAGUGAUUCCAAAAUAGUCUCUUUGAAUGUCUCAUCGCUGUUGUCGUGCGUAAGACUGGAUACCGGAGCGAUCUAUUGGUGGGGAAUCGCUCCCUAUUCGCACCGUAAGAAGAUUUGGGAGAAAGUGAGAGCAAAGACUAAAAAGCAAAGACAAACCUCAUCCUCGGCGUCCAGUGAUAUUGUGACCGGCGCUCAGGUGUGUCUCAGAAACAGCCCGUCAUAUAACUCCGGUGCCAUUGGGUUUACUACUAGCGGAGGUGUACCAAAAGUGGGCCAACUAUUGGCCUCUGCCUGGAAUAUAACGGAUUCGUGUGCUUUCAAAAUCCUGAACACCAAUGAAUAUAAGCGAAGCACUAGUAGUCAGAUAUCGUUUGCAUCGACCAGUUCUGCGACCCCUUCAGUGGUUCGCAAUAGCGAGCCAUCAAUCAAAGAGCAACAGCCUCCCAGUCCCAGUCUGUCGAAGGCCUCGUCAACGGAGCGCCUGGAGAUGCCUCCGCCGCCAUCGCCCGCGUCGUCUACCUGUUCAGAGCCGGGAUGUAGUCCUUUACCCAAACGUUCAAAGCCUCGACAUAAUAAUAACAGCAGUAAUAAUGUGUUAAACAAUAAUGAAGUUAAUGAAAAAGUAGAGGAGAACUGGAGUCUAAAAGACGUGAUAUUUGUUGAGGACGUGAAGAACGUACCGAUCGGUCGUGUGCUGAAGAUUGACGGCAAUUACGCCGCCGUUAAGUUCAAUACCGGUCGCGAACACAGCUUUAAGUCGGAUGACAGUGAUGUCCAGUCAGUACUACAGGAAUGUCGUCUUUUGCGCAAAGACGAGCUCCAACUCGUGAAAGGGAGCACUUGUGCCAAAGUGUUGGACUGUUUUCAACGUUUGCCCAAAAAAGUACACAUUCCUGACAGCACUCAUAUCAUUGCGAUGACUGUCAGCAAUGUUGGCAUUCAUGCGAUCGUCAAAAGCGGAACAAAACUCAAUUAUAUUGUCUUCAAUAUCACAUCGGGUCGAGUCGAACAAGAGAGCAGAUUCCCGACCGACACGUCCGCCUUCUUGGGUCAGGACAUGUCGUUGAUAUCAUUGCACUGUUUUGGCGAGAAUGAGAUCAUAACUAUAGUACGCGAUGGCAAUGGAGCCAUAUAUCCAUUGGCCAAAGACUGUUGCGAAUCCAUAAGAGAUCCCAUUUCGCUGGACAUGUCUCCGGCACAGGCCAUAGGCAUUGGUAUUCACCCCAUCCGUGACACGAUCCCCAACCAGAAGAAUCAGGUGGCGAUCAUUGUGUUAGCGCUCGAAAACCAAUUGCUCACUCCGGCUAUACUUCGAAGUGAUCCCGAUUUGGUUCGCCUCACUCUGGCGUCGCUCGAGAAGGAGUCGGUGUCCCAACAGGUGGUGGUCAGCGAGCGCUGUGAUGGCAAUCGCAAUAUCAUUCACAUGGCUGUCUGCGCCUGUUUUCCCACUUCCAACAAAACAUUCGACUCGACGCCCGCCGAAGACCCCAACGCCGAGACAUUCGACGCCCGAAACGCUUCCCUUCAAGACGUGAUGAGGAGAGCCUCGAAAUCAGUGUCCGGAAGACUGAAUCCCAAUAGUGACAGAAGUGAUGAAUUGAGAGAACGAAGUAUCGAACCGUCGGCCGACAGCUGCGACUCCGAGUCUAACGCACCCAUAGCUAUGAUCUAUUAUCCUCCCGAAGCGAGUCCUGUCUCUAAUGAACCGCUUUUGGAUCCGACAGAACAGAAACCGAUCGCUCACUCGAUUCUGUGGACUUUAUUAGACUCAGCAGUUUUGCGGCCUUUUAUGAAAGAGUUGUUGAGUUCAAAGGACUCGCAGGGAUACACGCCAUUCAUGCUCGCCGUCAGCGGUAGGGCCUACUCGGCCGCCAAUCACGUGAUGACUAUGGCAUUAAAGUUAGCCCAGAGAUCCUCAACUGAUCCGGAAGUUCAACAAAAAGUUUUGAUGUCAAUGCUAUACCCCAGGGGCUCAAACCCGGACGACUCACCCCUACAUUUAUUGUGCUGCAACGACACCUGUAGCUUCACGUGGACGGGUGCCGAACACAUCAAUCAGGAUAUCUUUGAGUGUAAGACCUGUGGUUUAAUCGGUUCUCUUUGCUGUUGCACUGAAUGCGCGCGAGUCUGCCAUAAGGGACACGACUGUAAACUGAAGCGCACUUCACCGACAGCUUAUUGCGACUGUUGGGAGAAAUGCAAGUGCAAGGCAUUGAUCAGUGGCUGCCAGUCCUCGCGAUACGCACUCCUUAAGCGUCUUAUAGCCGAAACAGAUUUAGUCACAUAUCCUAACAGUCGAGGAGAGAAUAUACUCUUGUUUUUAGUGCAAACGGUUGGCCGACAAAUGAUAGAACAGCGACAGUACAGACCCUCGCGAUCACGCAAUGCCAUCACUCGUAAAGCACCCGACGCUAUGGGGAGUAUAGAGUCUGAGAUGCCUGACCACGACUUAGAGCCGCCGCGAUUUGCUCGCAAAGCACUCGACAAGAUUCUCGGCGACUGGAAUGCCAUCAAAGCUAUGAUUCUAACGGGUUAUAGAGCACCGGCUGCGGCCAGUUGUAAGAAACAGAAUAUCGGUUUAGGCAACAGUUAUGCCGCCGCCGAAGAGCAGGUCUUUCUCAGCAGUCAAAACGGAACCGCUUUAUUGGAUAAGUUUACGCACUCUCUUCUGGUGAGAGUGGGCUCUGAAAUGGUCGACAACUUAUUGGUGACAAUCAUAAGAGAGUCUCAGAAUCCAUCGCAAAGUGUAGCAAAAGAGGCUGGACUUGUGGCCAGACGUUUCGUGCGAUCGGUGGCCCGCAUAGGAAUCGUGUUGUGCAUUGAAUUGACGCCAUCCUCUUAUGCCAACACAAGUGUGUUAUCUCUGACGUCUCCGAGUUCUUCGUGGAAGAAGAGCGCCGUCUCCUCACAGCUCCACAAAUGUCGGCGCGUUUUUCAGGCAUUGCUUCCCAUCGCUAUCGAGGAGUUGUGCGAAAUCGCUGACGCGCUUAUAUCCCCCGUUCGCCUGGGAGUGGCCCGACCCACAGCUCCCUUCUCUCUCUCCACUACAUUAUCGGAUGCCAUUACCGGAAGUGAAGAGCUCUUUGCUGUCGACCCUGUCUUAUCUCAAAGUCGACGAAAUGAUGGCAAUGCCAUCGAUAUGUCAGUCAUUUCUUCGGAAGUAUUGAAUGUAAACAACAGUCAGAGCGGAAUCGUGCCGUUAGUCGACGCAUCUGUCGGCGUCGAUGUUGUGGUCGGAAGCGUUGACGACGAACAUGAAGUGGAUGUGAUGGUAGGGCAGGAAGACGUGGACCACGAGAGUAGUGAACACGAAGAGCCCGUUGACGGCAACGAUGGGCACCACGAAGAGAGUGAUUCAGAUUCGGACUCAAAUCCCGACGACGCCUCAUAUCAAAGCAAUAUCGAUAACGCCAGCAUUCAGAGGAGCGCCACCACAGGUGCCACAGCUGGCAGUGAUCCCGGGGCUCCCAGUCUGGCCUACUUUUCCGAAGAGGAAUCGGCCGACUCUUCCAAUGGAGAGGAUGAGGAAGAGAGCGAAACUGCAGAGACAGAGCCCGACACUGAAGACUUAGCUUUCAUUGACGAACAAUUGGAGCGAAGGGCCGCCAACCCAUCGGGCGCUACAGUGGGGGCCGUCUCUGGGAAUAUAGCCAAUUGGCGAACCAAUUUGGCUCAACACUUGCAGUGGGCCUUAAGGCAGCGCGAGAUCGGGAGCACAGCAACGGCCGGAGUCGCUACCACUUCGAGGGUUUCAAACACUGGCGGACUAUCCGGCUCUACAGGUUUGAUACAUAUAGACCCGACAACUAUCCGUAGGUCUGCUACUACUGUAACUCCAAUCACAGCCACUGUAACCGCUAACGAAACGGUCUCAAUGGCCACGACUACUGUGGGUUUGACCCGUGCUUUCGCUAUAGUUAUCCGACAAAUCUCUGACUUAUUGCCAACACUUCGAGAUCAGGAGAGGAUUUCAGUGGUCCCGGGAAUCAACUCAUUGCCCAUCAGUUUCACCGAAUCUUACAAUUUAAUGAAUUUCAUUGAAGCGCGUCUCAAACCGACGUGGGAUUGGCUCAUGAAUGUCAUGGACUCCACCGAAGGACAGCUUAGAUUUGGCUGCGCCCUCACCAACAGUAGCGGCGCUUUUAGUUUGUCUACUCAGGCGACCGCUUCAGCCACACUUCAACCUCAAAGUUCGCGAACUGUUCCCAUGACAAGCAGUGCCCGAAGAGUUAAUUUGAAUGAUGAGAAUCGCGUGACUCAAUCGAGUGAUUCGCGCGCCGGUAUGAGUAGUUCUCGCCGAAGCGGUGCAACAGCUGGUCAUCGGUUCGUUUCAGGCCAUCACAGUCACCACACUCUUGACUCGACGUCUGCGCGUAAAGACUUCUUGUCGUACGCCAUGUCUCUAAUGCGAGCCCACAGUAGCGAACACUUGGAUUCGUUGCCCGUCUUAGAUGUGGCGGCACUCAAACACGUGGCCUAUGUUUUCGACUCUUUGAUCUAUUUUAUCAAAAGCGGAUCCGAAGACUCAAAUCCAAACAGUGGAAGAAUUGGUGCUUCGGAUCUAAUGUCCGCCGAGAACUGGACUAAUGAAGAGGAAUCGGACGUCAUUGAGGAACAGGACGAGGAGUUGAGUGCCGUUCAGUCGUAUUCAUUGCCAGAUAUCAGUCCCAUGGAAGAGGACUCCACCCAAAAUCCGCCACAAUUUAAAAGCCGAAGACACACUUUCUUCCAACGCUCGGAAUCGACACUAUUCUUAGGCUGUCCCCCACCCGACCCAUUCUCAACCCCACUUACAGAGGCCCUCCCGUUGGCUGACGCCCCGCACCUCUUGCAACCCAACUCCAGACGCGAACAACUGUUUGGUAUUCCCCGUCCGACCACAUCUAAUGUCGCUGAAGAGAUGUUUGAUUCUCUGCCCACGCGAUUAGGUUUAAGUAAUCGAAAUCUCGGCCCCUCUGAAGCUAUAGGAGGCGCGACACACGAUUCGUCUAACAGUGAAGUACGAGAACAAUCUUUAUCUCAAUCGAGUUCUCAAAGCAGUGCACACUUUGAUGCCAUUCCCUUGAAUAUGUCGUCCACCCCUUCCGUGAGUCCAAGACCUCAGUCGGUGAUCGCUGAGACCCAGAGAGCGCCUAUAAUAGUGCCGGUGAUGAGUGCGUCCACUAAACCGAGUGUCAUAGUAUUGGCCGGUUCUAUAAAGCAUUCCCAACAAAAUACUAGUGCCAGCAGUGGUGGAGCACAGCCUAUCAGCGCUCAACCAAAUGGUUCCUCAAUAGUGAGAGAAACCGCCGAAAGAGUACAUCCGUUGCCAAACAAAUCUCAACAACUGAUAGGAAAUAUGACACAACACGACAACCUAUUGGGUCGAUGGAGACUGACUUUAGAGCUAUUCGGGCGCGUGUUUGUGGACGAUGUUGGGGCCGAACCGGGCUCUAUAAUCGGCGAUUUGGGAGGAUUUCCUGUCAAAGAGUCUAAAUUCCGGCGCGAAAUGGAAAGACUCCGUAAUUCGCAACAGAGAGACAUCAGUUUCUCCAAACUGGACAGAGAUCGCAGUGUUUUGAUUCAACAAACUUUCAAAGAACUGAACACAAUGUACAACAACUUCAGUCGCCGUAUGUCUGUGGGAACACCUCUUCUCACGGUCUCUCGAGUCAAAGUGACCUUUAAGGACGAGCCCGGGGAGGGCAGUGGUGUCGCCCGUAGUUUCUAUUCAGCAUUCUGUGAGGCCAUCCUAUCCACCGAUAAGCUCCCGAGUCUGGAGUCGUGUCACGCGUCGAAUCGUUCGCUUCAAUAUAAUCUGAUUCAGAGACUGAAGAGUAGAGAGAGGGAGAGAGAACAGGCGCGCAGAGCAUAUCAGGCCAGUCGCUCGUCGCGCGACCACAACUCCGGCACUAAUUCUCGCGAAAGAGCUGAUAGAGAAGUGUUCACACAAUUGCGUUACGAAGCGCCGCCUUUUGUGAUGCCGGGCGACCAGACGGCCCAACAGUCACCACAAGGAGUCAAUAAUUCAGUCAAUUUGAAUGAACUGUUGAGUCCUCACAGACAACAGUUGGGAAUGCGGUUAUACCCGAGGGUUCACCAGUUGAGACCAUCGCUGGCCAGUAAGAUAACGGGAAUGCUGUUAGAGUUGACGCCCGCACAGCUCCUCACUCUCUUCGCGUCCGAAGACACGCUAAGGGCUAAAGUGGACGAAGCGGUCGAUAUAAUCCUAUCGCACGGACGGGACACCACAUCCGAGAGUCUCUUUGAAUUAGAUAUGUUUAACUUGAGUCGAACCUCGCAGUCAGUGCCCACCGCCGGCGCCAAAACGACGCCCACCAGUAGUUCGGGUCGUCCUCUGGACGUGGAGAUGGAAGAGGAGGACGAGGAGGACAACGCCCCCCUCUUCUAUCAGCCGGGAAAGCGUGGCUUCUAUUCGCCGCGUCAGGGCAAGUGUUCGGCCGAACGCAUCAAUGCAUUCCGAAAUGUGGGCCGAAUUAUGGGCUUAUGUUUGCUUCAGAACGAGUUGUGUCCUCUUAAUCUCAACCGACACGUCUAUAAACACAUUCUUCGGCGAACCAUCUCAUGGCACGACUUAGCCUUCUUUGAUCCCGUCCUCUACGAGUCGUUACGUCAACUCAUUGUCGACACGGAAUCCGGCAAUGACUCCAUGUUUGCAGAACUCGAUCUCAGGUUCUCUGUUGACCUCAACGCCGAAGAGGGCGGCGGAACCGUUGAACUCAUCCCCAACGGACGUAACGUCGAAGUGACGACACAAACCAUUUAUGAUUACGUGAGACGUUAUGCUCAGUACAGAAUGGUUCGCUCACAGGAACGGGCCCUUCAAGCUCUUCGUCAGGGAGUGUAUGACGUGUUGCCGACCAAUGCGUUGGAAGGACUCACUGCCGAAGAUUUUCGUCUCCUUUUGAAUGGAAUUUCUGAUAUAAACAUUCAAUUACUGAUCAGUUAUGUGACAUUCAAUGACGAGAGUGGUGAUGGAAGCGAACACUUGUCUUAUUUCAAGCGAUGGUUUUGGUCUGUCGUCGAAAAGAUGACAAAUCAAGAGAAACAGGAUUUGAUUUACUUCUGGACCGGAAGUCCUUCAUUGCCGGCCAGCGAAGAGGGCUUUCAGCCGAUGCCGAGUAUAACGAUCCGACCGCGCGAUGACUUGCAUUUGGCGACCGCUAACACGUGUAUCUCCAGACUCUAUAUUCCUCUGUAUUCAUCGAAAGCCAUUUUGCGACAAAAGCUUCUGAUGGCAAUCAAAACCAAGAAUUUCGGAUUCGUAUGAUAUGUCUCGUGAGUGGAUUCGCGUAUGAAUUAUAACCACAAUGUAAUGACCGACCGAUUGCUAUAUUUGUGAUUUAAAUUUUCUAAUUAUGUUUCGCUAUAUUUAAUGAAAUAAUUAUUCUUUCAUUAGUUUUAAUAAAAAUUGUUUUAAUUACCAAUAAAUUUAAUGUCAAAUAAAAUGUCUAAAUAUAUA